AUGCCUUUUCCAGCGACUCCAUCACCAUUCCGCCUUUCCCGCCGCAACCCAUCCACGCGCCGCAAUGGUCCUCAAUUCGCCCCCACACCUCGGUUUCUAUUGUCACAGACUGCAACACAGAGUGGGAAUGAGGAAUUCGACGUGAUAGACGAUGACGGGCCAUCUUCAACGCCUCAAGUUGCCCAUAAUCUCCCUCCCCGGGGUAUCACUCCCUCGCGCCAACGCGACGCGGUCGACGACUCUGGUGAUGUCGGGGUUAUAUGUCAUAUAAGAAAUGACGGAAGAGAAUCAAAUGAACUACCAGAUGAUGCCAUCAACAGCUCUCCUCCAGAAGAACCAGAGACUCCGAGCAUUAUAGAUGCUGAGUUUGAUGCGCUAUUUGCGCCGGUCGGAGAUAGGAACAAAAGGCGCCGUGUGGAGGGAACUACACCCUUGAAUCCGAAGAGGCCAACACAAAUUGAUCCAAUACUUUCAUCGCCACCCGAAACACUGAAUCUACCAACUGGUCACAUCGAUUUGCUUGAUCACAACAGGCAGAGCGUCGAGGCAACGGAUAGUAAUACACAACGCACCCCAGCACCAAGUGCUCGUCAAUUUGCUCCAGCUGUAUCUACCCCAGGUGAAAUGAGAACGACAACACCGUUUCGCGGGCGCCCUCGCUUCAUGCUUUCCUCGGCAGCGAGGCCUCCUAGCAGCCAAUUUGCACCCAAUCCCAAGACACACACACCUGGGAUAUCGCCACCUGAGAAACGCAAACCAGCUUUUGUACUGCCUCGCUCUCCGCCGCCAAAACCGGGCGCAGAGGAUAUCCCUGCGCCGUUCUCUCCAUCCUCGCGCACAUUGCAUCGUCGUGGUCGGAAUCGGGCUGGUAGGCCAAGUUUUAUUCCCGGCGGAAUGGCUGCUGAGGUGCGUAGCUGGGUUUUGGAAAUGGGGGCAAAGCGUGAAAAUUUCCCACAGCCUCCGUUGACUCAGCCUUUAGAGGUACAGAGUGCAGACGCCUCGACAGAAAAGCUGAGGAAGUAUCUUGUAACAGCACGGAUCAAUCAUGUCAGCCAGUCGGCUCUUAGCGGUUGUGGCUCUCUUGCUUUCCUACAGGCCGAAGCGCUUACUGGGGAUCAUGUGCAGAGAACAGGUCCCGAUGACGUUUUGAAUAUCAUGAUCAUGGGACCCUCGCGAUCCAAGUCAACACCCCAUCUUCGGAAAGGGGACUUGGUGGGCAUUCAUAAAGGGCUUAACUGGAAUUUGCAGCUUGGGACACACUUUAGCGAACCUCAAAUACCUGGGCAGGUGCCUAGUCAUGUGUUGGAGCGUGGUCCAUCCGGAGAUGGCGAGCACACAGAGGCCAAAGACGCCUGGCUCAUUGCCAUGGAAUGGGACCUCAUCGAAACAGCUGAAUGA